CUCGGAAACUCAAUGAAGUUUUUGAAUUCUUUUGUUGAGAUUUGAAUGAUUGAUCCUGAUUUCUUUGUCAAUUACAGUUUGCUUGAUGUUCUUUUUAGAAAAUUCCAAAAUUUGCUUCAAGGUGAUGACUUCUACAGGAUAAGGCCCCCAUCUAAUGUUCUAAGUCCUCCUGGGAGGGAUUAUAUUAUCUCAUCAGUGAAAGCAGUCUUAAGCUUGUUGGCCAAAUGGACAUUUACGUUUCUGCUUUUGGAUUGAAACUUUUUGAACAUGUAGUUAUUUGUCAGAUUUAAGGUCUUUACCAACUUAUGUUCAACCAAGCUCAAAAGGGGGUCUCUGCAAUCUGCCUGAAAUCUGUUGAUCACAUAGCCUGCCUUGAAUCUAAAUGUUUAUUUCAUCUCACUGUUUGAUCUUAGUUGCUUUUAUUAAGAACUCUUACUCUUAUCAUUUGUCUAAAAGAAGUUGAAUAAUUUUCUCGUAAAUUUGGAUGCUAUAAAAAUUUGACAUUAAA